AUGUUAUUCUUGUUGAGACCUGCUGCGACUUUUCGCAGGUCGGCGCUAAAUGCGAAUAGAUGUUUGACCUCCCGCCGUGGGUUGCUCACGUUGGCAAUUGAAACGUCAUGUGACGAUACAUCCGUAGCUAUCGUCGAAAAGACAAAGAAACACUCCAGAAGCGCAGCCAAAAUCCAUUUCCUUGAAAAUGUAACCGCCGACACGCGCGCGCAUCGCGGAAUCCACCCUAUCAUCGCCCUCGAAUCCCACCAAGACAACCUCGCAACCCUUGUACAGAAAGCCCUUAAUUCCCUACCGGAGUCCAAAACGGGCGAUGGACUCAAACUGGCAGAUGGGACUCGUCGCCGUCUCCCUGAUUUCAUAUCCGCUACAAGAGGCCCCGGAAUGCGGUCCAACCUGUCCGUCGGCCUCGACACUGGAAAAGCGCUAUCGGUUGCAUGGCAGAUCCCCAUGAUUGGAGUUCAUCACAUGCAGGCACAUCUUCUAACGCCGGGCCUUGUGUCAUGUUUGGAAAAUGAAUCCAAGCCUGAAGAUGCGCCCGCAAUGACGCCCGAAUUCCCUUUUCUGUCCAUUCUCGUCUCUGGAGGCCAUACGACUUUGGUUCAUUCCAAAGGUCUCACGGACCAUAGCAUUCUCGCUACAAGUGAAGAUAUAGCUAUUGGAGAGGCACUCGAUAAAUCUGCGCGAGACAUUCUACCUGACACUUUGCUCCAGGAAGCUAAAAGUACCAUGUACGGCAAAAGCCUGGAGCAAUUUGUCUUCCCUAAUGGCAAGGCUGAUUUCGCGGAUUACACGCCACCAGAGACUCGGGGAGAAGAAAUAAAUAAGCGCGUAAGCGAUUGGGGCUGGUAUCUUACGACUCCGUUUGCGAAUACCCGCACCAUGCAGUUCAGCUUCUCUUCGAUUGCGAGCAUGGUCGGGAAGAUCGUUCAGAGUAACGAUACGAAUCUUAAGAUGUCGCAUUCCGAGCGUGUCGAUCUAGGCCGGGAAGCUAUGCGUGUGUGUUUUGAGCAUCUUGCUUCGCGCACUGUUAUCGCUUUGGAGACUCUGCGGCCACACAACAAUGGCAAGAACGAUAUCAAAACCCUCGUCGUUAGUGGUGGUGUGGCCGCCAACCAGUUCCUCAUGAAAGUUCUCACUUCAUUUUUAGAAGUGCGCGGCUUUGGAAAUAUCAAGAUCAUUGCUCCGCCUCCAUAUUUGUGUACCGACAAUGCGGCCAUGAUUGGGUGGGCGGGAAUCGAGAUGUUUGAGGCUGGCUUCCGAUCCGAGCUCAGCUGUCGUCCUCUGCGGAAAUGGACCCUUGACCCGAAGGCUGACGAUGGAGGUAUCCUUGGCCCAGGAGGCUGGACUCAAAGGCGAUGA